AUGAAACGGGGAUACUCGAAGCUGAUCCUCGAGGAGUUUGUGCUGACAGACCGCGAUGGGCUAUGCUGCCUGCCAUUAUGGAACGAUCCCAGUCUCAAUGGACCAGGAGCUGGGUUUCAGGUUAUCAAGUUCUGGGCGCCACCUGGCGAUGGGUAUGGUAUUAUUGAAGCGAAGCUGAAAUAG